AUAAACCUUAAAAUCUCAUAGAUUCUCUUGCUUCUUCUGUCAGAAUUUCCGAUUUUCUCCUGCUGUCCUUGGGAUAAAAUCACCUGUCCUUUCUUUCAAAAGUUACGUACAAAUUGGUUUAUUGUUAGUCUUGUUGCAAGGCUCACUUCUUUCACAUACAUUUGUUUUCCCUUCUGGGAUCUCGUUGUUUUUGCUAGAGAAUGUUCUUCUCUGGUCCUUGCAGCAACAUGAGCUGAUGUUUUUUUAGUCCUUUUGCUCUCUUUCUGGUAUCUGUUUUCUCUUAGAGUGUUAAAUUUGAUUUCUUCAUUUAUCUGGGUUUCAUUUCAUUUGAUUAUAUAUUGGUUUUAUUCGAUCAUAUGUUUUGGUUUUGAGUCUUGAUCCUGUUUCUAGCUCUUUGUCUAUCAAGUUUCUGUCGUUGACAUGCUGCAUUUUUAUUAGAUUAAGAGAGAGAUUGGUCAGUGAAACCGGUCUUGAUCCGUGAAGUGGAAUGAAUGAUAAGUGGUCUAGCUAGAUUAGAUUGAUAGUGAAAGGGGGGAAACAGCCAAUGGGGUCUCAAGGUGGAUCAUUUGAAGAAGAAAAUCCGGAGUCUCUGAUGGGGCGAGGUUCAUUGGGCAGCCUGACACUUGAUGAGGUUCAGAACCAGUUGGGGAACUUGGGGAAACCAUUGGGGAGCAUGAAUCUUGAUGAUCUUCUCAAGAGCGUAGACAAUGUGGGUGCUUGGUCUGCACCUAUGAAUAGACAAGGGAGCCUAACAUUGUCAAGGGAUCUGAGCAAGAAGACUGUUGAGGAGGUAUGGAGAGAUAUACAGCAGCUAGAUAAGAAAGAUGAUGAUAAUCCAGGGAGGAAUGCUCCUUUCGGUGAGAUGACUCUUGAGGACUUCUUGGUUAAAGCAGGGGUGGUUACGGAAUCGACUCCGGUACAACAACAGGAAAGUAAUCAAUGGAUGCAAUUCCAGCUUCCUUCAGUGCAGCAGCCAGUGUAUCAAAAUAACAUGAUGACAGUUGUGGAUGCAGCGUAUCCUGAUUCCCAAAUGAACUUAUCCCCAUCUUCUUUAAUGGGUACUUUGUCGGACACGCAGACUCCUGGGCGGAAAAGGGUUGCUCCAGGAGAUGUGGUUGAGAAGACCGUUGAAAGGAAGCAGAAGAGGAUGAUUAAGAACCGGGAAUCCGCAGCUCGUUCACGUGCAAGGAGGCAGGCUUAUACACACGAGCUGGAGAUUAAGGUCUCUCAUCUAGAAGAGGAGAAUGAAAGACUUAGAAAACAGGAGGCGGAGAAGGUCUUGCCAUGUGCGCCGCCUCCUGAACCUAAGUCUCAGCUACGCAGAACAAGUUCAGCCCCUUUGUGAUCCCUUAUUUUCAUGGCUGACAAUUGUGCUGGUGCAAGCGCAAGAAAUGAUGACAUUCUGAUAGAUAACCUUAGUUUUCAAAUCUCUAUACUGGUUGGAGGAUUAUACAUUACAGGUUUCUACUGCUGAUUUUUUUUGUUGGCUUUCCUCGUGAUGUCUUAAAUCUACAUUUUGAAAUUUCGGAUGUUGUUAUCAUGGAAACGUGAAUUGUUUU